AUGACAUGGUGCCUGUGGCCGUGCGCGACCGCGGUGGUGGCCCGGCCGAAGCGUAGUAGGGAUCCCCUGGAGGUGGUGCGGCACGUGCGGGAGCUCCUCGCCUACGUCGCCAACAACCGGGAAGGCUGCGGCGGCGGCAAGCGUGAGCGGAAGAUGGCAGACCUAAGCAAAAGUAUCAAGGAGAUGAAAUGCAUUCUCUAUGGUGAUGGUGAGGCAGAUCCUGUUGAAGAAGCCUGCAUGCAAUUGACCAAGGAGUUCUUUAAGGAGAAAACCGACACUUUUCGUCUACUAAUUGUUUGCCUUCCAUACUUGGACUUGGAAACACAAAAAGAUGUUACUCAAGUUAUUGCAAAUUUGCAAAGGCAAAAAGUUGGUUCAAGGUUGGUUGCCUCCGUUUACUUGGAAGCUAACCUAGAUCUUCUGGAUAUUUUGAUGUCUGGGUACGAUAACCUGGACAUUGCGAUACAUUAUAGUACUCUAAUAAGAGACUGCAUACGCCACCAAGUUGUUGCAAGGUACGUUUUAGGCUCUCCGCAUGUUAGGAAAUUCUUUGAUUACAUACAAUUUCCGGACUUCAACAUACAAUCAGAUGCCUUCAAGACUUUUAAGGAGCUUGUGACACGGCAUAAAUCAACUGCUGCUGAAUUCUUUUCCAAGAAUUAUGAUUGGUUCUUUGCGGAAUUCAACUCGAAAUUGAUAUCAUCUUCCAACUAUAUCAUCCGAAGGCAAUCCAUUCAGCUCUUGGGAGACAUUCUUCUGGAAAGGUCAAACACAGCAGUGAUGGCGCGCUAUGUUAUUUCAAAGGAGCACCUCAUGGUUCUAAUGAACCUUCUAAGGGAUCAAAGCAAGGUUAUUCAAGUAGAGGCUUUCCAUGUCUUCAAGCUGUUUGCCGCCAAUCAGAACAAGCCUCCUGAGAUCGUGAGUAUACUGCGCACCAACAGAAGCAAGCUGCUGAGGUUCUUGGGAGACUUCACUCUAGACAAAGAGGAUGCGAAGUUCGAGACCGACAAGGCCAAGGUCAUCUCUGAGAUUCUAGCGCUGGCGAUGCAGUAG